GUAAACAAGAUCUCACGUCAUCCGUAUUAGGGGUGAUAGAGGCAGUGUUGGCAUCAGUGGCAUGUUCCAAUUACUCCGUUUUUUUCCUCACGGACGGCACCACUUCCGCCUCAACUGUCUACAAUUUGCAAGGUCAUCUACAAGUCCCCCGAGGUAUUGGGGUGUUUGAAGUAGCAUCGGACGGCCAAGACAAUGUCACGAUAAAGAUUCAAUUUGCUCAUGUGAUGAGUGUAAUACACCAGCUGCGGGAGCUGUCAUCGCACACUAUCAUUGUGGUCAUCAGCAACGACCCAGCCUUCCUCGCCGCCUUCAACGAAUGGUUCCUCAAGACCCGCCUCUUGGUGUGGUCGACGAGACUCCUCGUCGUCACCCGACUGCCCCUCCCGAAGCUCCACCACUUACAGAGGACAUUUUCCAAGAUGAAUGCCAUGUUGGUCAUAAGUAGCGACAACGAUUUAGGGAACAUCAGCCCCCGAGAAGCCCAGGCAUUGAGAGUUGCAUCCUGGACACCGACCAGUGGCAUCAUUCUCGCCUCGAAUCUACCUCUCUUCCCUGACAAGUUCACUAAAUUCCCUCACAGGCCAACUCUUCUGGCGGCGUCGGAAGGGAACCCAUUUAAUAAGAUAAUUGCCAUAGAGGCCUCUGAAGCUCCCGGAAAAAAGAGUAUCAAUUUCAAGGGGCCUGUCCCGAAUCUUAUGGAUUACCUGGCCAAGGCUCUCAAUUUCUC